AUGGAGGAGGAGGAGGAGAAGGCGAUGGCCCGAGCGGUUCGGAAGGCAAAUAAAGAGCUUGCAGACCUUGUCAACAAUCGAGAAGACCACCUUGCGAAAGUCGAAGCGAUACAACAGAAAUAUAGCGAGCUUUUCCAGGAAAUGAAGAAACUCGAGCGGGACUACAACCGGGCUAGACGCCGUGCCGAUCAGCUGCAGAAAGAAAAGGACCAUAAUAGGAGCGAAUUGACGAAAGCGAAUAAUAUGAAAAAUAAGCUGGAGCAACUUUGUCGGGAACUUCAAAAGGAGAAUAGACGGGUGAAGGACGAGAGCAAGAUCAAGGAGCAGAGCGAAAAAGACAAGCGUGAAGAGCUCUCCACCAGAUUUGAGAACACCAUUUGGGAGAUCAAAAACCGGAUGGAAGAGGACUCUGAUACCUCGAACGGCAAGGCUAUCCACAUGGAAGUCGAUAACUUGAUCAAGCUUAAGUUCCGUACUCUCAUCGACCAGUAUGAGAUGCGUGAACUACACUUUCAGUCCCUACUUCGCACCAAGGAACUUGAAGUCCAAUAUAAUCUCGCUCGAUACGACCAAAAACGAAAGCAGGCUGAUGCCGAAUCCAUGCGAGCCAAAGCUCUCCACACCCAAGUCUCAACUUUCUCUCAGACCGAAACUGAACUUCGUUCGCAGCUCAAUAUCUAUGUUGAAAAGUUUAAGCAGGUUGAAGACACGCUCAAUAACAGCAACGAUUUGUUUCUUACGUUCCGUAAAGAGAUGGAAGAAAUGUCUAAGAAGACAAAGCGGUUGGAAAAAGAGAAUAUGGCUUUAACCCGAAAGACCGACUUAAUGAACCGAAACAUACUCGAAAUGGCCGAAGAACGUACUCGUCAACAACGUGAACUCGAGACUGCGAAGAAGAAGAGCUCCAAGUUGGAGGAUAUCUGCCGCGCUUUGCAGUCUGAAAGAACUGCGUUAGAGAACAAGCUGAGAGGUGUGGAAGCAGAAGAGUAUUCAGGUGGAGAGGAAGACGAGGAAGGCAGCGAAGAAGGGGAAGAAGAUGAGGGAGAAGAGGGAAGCGAGUACAUGGAAGAUUCUGAGGAGGAGGAUGAUGAGGAGACUGAAGACGAAGGGUUGUUCGAGGAUGAAGCCGAGACGAACGGGAAUCACGUCAACGGCACAGUUUCAAAGGCUGAUGUUAAUGAGCACGCACCGGUUGCAAAGGCUAUCGUUCCAACAAAAAUGCGAUCUUAA